UCAGCUAUCACCCCUACACGUCAAAUUUGUCGUGAACGCGAAAUGUGUUGCGGCGCAAGCACACAGCCGGUCACAGAUAGCCAAUCCAAUCCAUCAAGAAGGCAAGCAUGGCCGAUGUUCCCGCAGACGCCCCGGCAAGUUGUCCCGGCACGGGAAGCAAUUUGGCCGGCAAAGCAGCGUCGUGCGCGGGAUGCCCCAAUCAACGCUUGUGCGCGUCAGGUGCAACUAGGGGACCGGACCCAGAUAUCGCCGUGAUUGCCCAACGGCUGGCAGCAGUAAAGCACAUAGUUCUUGUGCUUUCUGGCAAAGGAGGCGUUGGAAAAAGCAGCGUCACUUCCCUUCUGGCCAGUGGACUGGCCCUCUCGGACAAGGAACCGAAUGUCGCGGUCCUGGACGUGGACAUCUGCGGUCCGUCGCAGCCGAAGAUAUUGGGCCUCGAAGGCGAACAGGUCCAUCAAAGUGCCUCUGGAUGGUCUCCAGUGUACACCGAAGACAACCUGUCACUCGUAUCCGUCGGCUUCCUCACCGCUCCCGAGGAUGCGGUCAUCUGGAGAGGGCCUCGCAAAAACGGAAUGAUAAAGCAGUUCCUUCGAGAUGUGGACUGGGGUGACGUGGAUUACUUGCUGGUGGACACACCCCCGGGAACGUCUGACGAGCACCUCAGCCUGGCACAAUACCUCAAGGACUGCAACCUCGACGGCGUCGUACUGGUCACAACGCCGCAGGAGGUGUCGCUGCAAGACGUCCGCAAGCAGGCAGGCUUCUGCCGCAAGAUGGGCCUGAGAAUCUUGGGUGUUCUUGAAAACAUGCGUGGCUUCGUAUGCCCCAAAUGCCAGGUACGCAGUGAAAUCUUCCCGCCGACCACCGGAGGUGCGGCUGCCCUGUGCGAAGAACUGGACUUGCCGUUCCUCGGGUCGCUGCCCCUCGACCCGCAACUAGCCAAGGCGUGCGAUGAGGGAAAGCUGUUCCUGCGAGAGCAUCCUGAUUCUCCAGCAGCAGUUGCCUCCAGAGAUAUAGUUCAAAAGCUUUCCACCGUCCUGACAAGCUGAUUCAACCGAGCUUCGGUAAAAACCACACGAUUGUGAUGUUGGGCGCUGUACCGUACGGCGGUUGUGCGCGUACAACGCCAGCGUUCCUUGUUUGGCUGUCUGCAGAGAUAUACACUCAACAGCAAAAGUUUACGGGACGUUAGCUACACAAUGAAUGUGAAUUUAUUCUCUGUUAGCACGUAGUGCUUCUAAUCUAGCUGGUCACUGCAUAGGAUGCAAUGCCAACGACAGGCUGGAACAUUUAUUCGGAGGUUAUGUUCUCAGACAAAGCGAGAAUAUAGCUUUCUCGAACAUUUAGCGUUCCGCAAGCUUUUGCUGCCAGCUGUACGUAUAUGUCAGGAUAAAUGUUCAGAACAUCAUAGGAAGUUGUGGCGAAGGUUUAGGAUGACCGUUCGUGGCUAUCGUAAGUUUUAGCCAAAUCAAUUUUAACAUCUCAUGCGUCAGUGUCUAGCUAUUUGUAGCCAACAUUAGCUAGUGUUUGUAUUUAUGCAAGU